AUAGCAAAGUAUCGAUAUCAGUAAGUAUCGAAAUGUCCCUCAGAGAACAAAGAAAAGCUGUAGUUGGAGCCUUGGAGGUUGUUCGUUAGUUGGUUAUUUUGUUUGAGGUUGAUUUAUAUCAUCGGUUUCCUCAGAGGAUGUAUUGUGUCGUGGAGUUUGAUGGACAGGAUGCCAACCAAACUGCGGUGGUGAGGUCAGAAUGGUUGACGCCAAAAAAAUGGAGGUUUUUUGGCCUCCUUACAAAGCAUCGUCAACAUUCAAUAAAUCCCUCUCUGAAGGAAUUAUCCCUAACGAGGAGACUUGGAAAUUGUAUCCAGUUAAAAGAUGCUUCUACUUUGGUGAUGAUUUAUUGAAAGCCAGGCAAAAGGAAAAGGAGGCUGAGUUGCAUUCUGAUUUGCAGACUGAUGGAGAUGAGGGGUCGAUAAAGAAAAGGAAGAAGAAACCAGUAAUACUCAGCAGUUCAGAUGAAGAUGUCAAUGAAGAGCCUACUUCACGCAAGAAAUUGAAAUUUACUGACAACAUACCUUCUAAAAGUAGUUUUCAAUACCCUACAUUUGUUGGGGACAGUCGUUGUGACACUCCUAUACAAUUGUUGGAGACUACCGGUAUUGCAACUUCUUCUGCAUCAUCACCACAAUCUCAGUGUCCUGUGAACCUAACACCAGUGCCUUCAUUUUCACCGAUCCAAAAAGAAAAUUGUCUCAAAUUCUGGCUUCAGUGUUGUUGCCAACAAACUUGCUAAGCUGGAAUUGGAAGUAGCCUCUAUUAAACAGUAUUUGGAGGAUUUUUUGCCUAGAUUGUUGAAAGAAUCUGCUACUGAAAAUGAAGUAGAACAGAAAGAUUUCCUACCUUCUUUACCAUGCAACGAAAAAACUGAUAUCGACCAACUUGAAGAUUGGUUAAUAGAUGCAAAAAAACAGGAUCUUAUUGUGAAAAACUUUGGCAGAAUCGGAGGAAGGACAGCAGAAUACAUUGUGAAAAAAAUUUUUGAGCGAAUUUUUACCAAGAAUCUUGCGCUGCAAUAUAACUGGACAGGAAAACAUCAAAAGUUCCCUCUAAAAGGAUUGAAGAUUCUCGAUGUUAUUUUCAGUGUGGUUCAGAAAAACAGGCCAACUGCAGAGGUCACUGAAUGUGAUGUAGUUCUGAAGAUUUGGAAUUGGUUCAGAUUUGCCAAGGAUAGGGAUGGAGGCAGAGAAGAGAGAAGGAAUAACAAGAAGUCGAUGGCUUUGCGGCAAUAACACGUAUCUAUCACCUUGAAUCUUGGUUGGAAAACUAUGCAGUUAUGUGCUAUUGCAAACCCCACUGACUCACAACAUUACACAGAAUACAACAGUAUACUAAAUUUAAAUGGUAAAGAAAAAUAAAGUAGCCUGACGAACAGUUUAAUUUGUUCAAUAAUUUUAUUAUUAUAUAAAUGUGAUAAUUCCGAUAUUUCUAAAUCAAUUUAGAUUGUGCAUAAUGAUUACAAGACCAAAAAUGAAGAAUUCUAAUAUUAAUAAAUUGGCUGUACGGGAUAUUCUACUAUCUUAUCUAUUGCAUUGAGUUGGUCAGAAAUUAGGAUCUCACAAUCCUCUAUCCAACUGUUACCGAAGCAGUCACUAACUUAAGGAUUCGUGGUACUGUCAGAAUUAACUGUAAUUAAUGGAGUCGAAAAAAUAUAUUCCGAAUUAAUUAUGUAGCUGUUUCCGAGCAAGGCUGAUUUGGUGAAUUUUCUUACUUUCCUCGAAGUGAAAGAGUAACAAAAUCGACAGCUGCCGGUUCUUGGGUUGAUAAGGAAAGUGUUUUUAUUAUUAUAGAAUUUAAGGUUAUAAUAUUCAAUACUUUGGGCUACUAAUUUUUAAAAUUUGAAAAUAAACGAGAUGAGUUUAAGUGGAGUAAGUGAGAUGAGCUUAAGUAGAAGGCAUCAGCAUAGAUUAUUUAAAAGACGGGCUGAAGAAAUAGAAAAUGAAUUUGUUGUUUCUGUGAAUGAAUGUCACAGCUCAACAUCACAAACUAAACACCUUAAAAUUACUGACCAGUCUAACUCAAAUAAUAGUUUAAAUAAGUUAUCAGACUCUGAAAACAGUUUUGUUUGCAAUAAUGAAUUCCCAGUGAAUGAUAAUAAUUUAGAUUCAGAUUGUGCUUCUAGUUUUAGUUGUGAAUAUAAUAUUCCUUGCAGUAGUGAAAAGGGUUUGCAUGAAGGCAGUAAAAAUGAUCUGUCCACCUCAGUAAUGAAAGAACAAUUAAUUGCAUGGGAUCUAAAAUAUAAUAUUCCAAAUAAUGCCACAACAGAUUUGCUCCACAUUUUGAAUCCUCACUUUCCAGCUCUUCCUUUAGAUAGUAGAACGUUAUUCAACACUCCACGAACCUGUGAAAUUCAAAGUUGUUGUAACGGUCAGUUCAAGUAUUUUGGAGUAAAAAAUGUUCUCAUAUCAAAACUUGGCACAGACUUCACCCCUAAUUAUCAUCCAAUCAUGAAGCAGAUUGCUCAUAACUUUUCCACUCAAGGGUUAACUCUAGUCACAUUGUCUAUCAAUGUUGAUGGGCUUCCCAUUACUUCAAGCUCAACUAAAGCAUUUUGGCCCAUUUUGGGAAUUGUUGACAAAGUAAUUGACAAACAACCUUUUGUUAUUGGUCUGUACUGUGGUGAGAAAAAGCCCGCAAGCAUCAACGAAUUCCUGAGACCUUUUGUUGAUGAAUGUCUUGAGUUGGAAGUGAAUGGUAUCAUUGUUGAGGGGGUAAAAUAUGCAUUUAGGAUUAGUUGCAUAGUAGCCGAUGCACCUGCACGACAGUUCUUGAAGUGUAUUGUGUCACAUUGUUCCUCUUAUGCAUGUGAAAAAUGUAUACAGGAAGGUGUUAGUUAUAAUAGGAGGAUGACAAGGCAGGUAGAAAAAAAUAAAACAUUAAGGACAGAUGAAAGUUUUUUAAAAAUUUAGAAUAUAC